AUGCGCCGUGGAGGCAGCCACCGCAGACGACGUCAUUUGACUGCCGUCGUCGACAUGCCGCCGAAGUCUCAGCGAGACCUGUCUGGCUAUCAGUACUCGGCGCUGUCGUCGCUCGUACUGAGUGCAGGACGAAGACAAGGAGAAAAUGAGCCAACUGGAGAGGCAGAAUCGCUUGUGGGUCGCAUUGACCCCAAGUCGAUGGGCUCACGUGUAGUAAAGUCACACGUUCCAGAUAUCGAAAAGAAACGCAAGGCUGCGGAGCACGACGAGCAUGGCAUCACGAAAAAAAGAGUUGGGGUAGCAGGUGCCGGCCAAUAUACCAAUGUGCUCCAAGCCAGCGCGGAGCUGGAUGGGCUCCGGUACAUGCCGCGCACAGACGAGACUCGCUCUGUGUAUGAGCUGAUUCUGAGUAUGGUCCAAAGCGCGCUGGGUGACCAAACCAGUGAAGUCAUUCGCUCUGCGACAGAUACUGCGCUUGAGUUUCUGAAGGAUAGUGAUAUGCGUGACCUUGACAAGAAGCGCGAAAUGGAAAGCUUUCUUGGCCCUAUUACAGAUGAGACGUUCGGGCAGUACUUGAAUUUGAGCAAACGCCUCACGGAUUACGAAGAGGAUACCGGCGAUCCCACAGAAACCAGUGCACCCGUUGAUGAAGAGGCUGGUGUUGCAGUGCUCUUCGACAAUGAAGAGGAAGAGAGCAACCCAGACGAGGAAACUUACGUGAUUCGUGAACAGUCGGACGAUGAGGAGGAUGAGGCCGAAGAGAAAGAGGCUUCAUUAGGUGUUCAAGAGGAUGCAGGCGACGACGACAAUGAUCCCCAUUUGGACCGCACCGGAACAACUGGGGAAGAGCUCUUGCUGGGUGAGCGAGCAGGCAAUACCUCGUCCGAUCUAUCUGUCCAUGACGUUGACGCAUACUGGCUCCAACGCCUAAUGAGCACGCAUUAUUCUGAUCCUAUGGAAAUAAGUGAGAAGGCUGAUGCAGCACUCGAUAUUUUGGGAGCCGAUUCGGACAUUCGCGACUGUGAGAACAACCUCAUGGCGCUGUUUGACUAUGAGCAUUUCGAUAUCGUACAGACAUUGACAAAAAACCGCGAUAUCGUGUACUGGUGUACGCGUCUAGCGCGCUCGAACGAAGACGAGCGGGUUGAUGUUGAAGUUGCUAUGCGAGAGAAGAGUGCAGGCUGGAUCCUCAAACGCCUCGCUGGCGAUGCAGGCAAAAGCACCUCUGGUGCAGACAACCUCGAGGAAGCUAAGCGCGAGGCAUACCGACUCACGUCGCGCGCGACGCUAGCGCCCGGCUCAACAGUAGCCCCGCGCACCAUGCUUGAUUUGGAUGCCAUGGCAUUUAGUGAGGGCGGCCAUUUGAACUCCAACCCUAAAGUUCGUCUUCCGGCGGGAAGCUUCAAACGAAGUAAAAAGGGCUACGAUGAGAUUCAUGUGCCGGCGCCUGAGAAACGCACCAUUUCGUCCGACGAGCUUGUCCCGAUCCGUCAGCUGCCGAGCUGGACACAUGCCGCUUUUGCCGGAGCCACCUCAUUAAAUCCAGUACAAUCGAAAUGUUAUCCGGUGGCGUUUGGCAACGAUGAACCUAUGCUCCUCUGUGCGCCCACAGGUGCGGGCAAAACAAAUGUGGCUAUGCUAACAAUUCUGCGAGAGCUUAGUAAAUGGCGCGACGAAGAGUCCGGGACCAUGGACUUGACCGCGUGCAAGAUUGUGUAUGUGGCACCGAUGAAAGCGCUUGUUGCUGAGCAAGCGAAUCAAUUCCGCUCGCGUUUGGAGCCGUAUGGCGUUGUUGUCAAUGAGCUCACAGGCGAUAGCCAGCUGACCAAGGCUCAGAUUGCUGAAACGCACGUUAUCGUGACGACACCAGAGAAAUGGGAUGUCAUUAGCCGCAAGAGUUCCGACACAUCGUACACCAAUCUCGUGCGUCUCUUGAUUGUGGAUGAAAUUCAUCUGCUGCACGACGACCGUGGGCCAGUUCUAGAAGCUAUUGUUGCUCGCACGAUUCGACGGAUGGAGCAGCUGAAUGAUCCGGUGCGAAUCAUCGGUCUCAGUGCGACGCUGCCAAACUACCAAGACGUUGCAGCGUUCUUACGCGUCAAUCCAGCUAGUGGCUUGCUGUACUUUGAGUCGAAUAUGCGACCAUGCCCAUUGCGGCAAGAGUUCAUCGGCCUCACAGAAACAAAGGCUAUAAAGCGGCUGCAGCUUAUGAAUGAAGUCACGUAUGACAAGGUCAUGGAGCACGCGGGCAAGAAUCAAAUUCUUAUCUUUACGCAUUCUCGCAAGGAAACGGCCAAGACAGCCAAAUUUCUUCGUGACACGGCUGAGGCUCGUGAGACACUCGAUGUGUUUCUGCCAUCUACAGGUGCGAGCCGAGAUGUUCUGCGAGAAGCAGCUGAGGAGGCGAAGGACGCGAAUCUUCGCGAGUGUCUGCAGUAUGGAUUUGGAAUUCAUCAUGCUGGUAUGACGCGGGCUGACCGCGAGCUUGUUGAAGAUCUGUUUGCUGGCAAACAUAUUCAGGUGCUUGUAAGCACGGCGACUCUUGCAUGGGGUGUAAAUUUGCCUGCACACACUGUUAUCAUCAAAGGGACGCAGAUCUACAACCCAGAGAAAAGCCGCUGGUGCGAACUUUCGCCCCAAGAUAUGCUUCAGAUGCUCGGCCGCGCGGGUCGGCCUCAGUUCGACACUAUUGGUGAAGGCAUUAUCAUCACCCAGCACAACGAGCUACAAUACUAUUUGUCAUUGCUAAACCAACAGCUUCCGAUUGAGAGCCAGUUCGUGUCGCGCCUGGCGGACAAUUUGAAUGCGGAGAUUGUUCUUGGGACGAUCCGGAACCGCGAUGAGGCCGUCACUUGGCUUGGGUAUACGUAUCUGUAUGUGCGUAUGCUUCGCUCGCCUGCACUGUAUUGCGUGACGCCUGACUAUAUCGAAGACGACCCGUUCCUUGAACAGAAGCGGGCGGAUAUUGUACACAGUGCAGCAGUGCUCCUUGAGAAAGCGGGACUUUUACGCUACGACAGAAAGACUGGCUUGUUUACAUCAAAUGAGCUCGCGCGCAUUGCAGCGCACUACUAUCUAACACAUACGUCCAUGGGCACGUACCACAAACACCUGCACAGCACGUCUAGUACGAUCGAGCUGUUGCGCGUCUUUAGCUACAGUGACGAGUUCAAGCACCAGAUUGUGCGACAGGACGAGAAGUUGGAAAUCGGCAAGUUGCGGGAACGGGUGCCAAUUCCUGUGAAAGAGGGCAUCGAUGAACCCAGUGCCAAAAUCAAUGUUCUUUUGCAGACGUGGAUCUCGCAGCUGUCUCUUGAAGGCUAUGCGCUGGCUGCCGACAUGGUGUAUGUGACGCAGUCUGCAUCGCGUAUCCUGCGCGCUCUAGUCGAGAUCUGUGUGAUUCGUGGAUACGCACGAACGACGCGAUAUGCGUUGGAUCUCGCACGGAUGACUGAGCGGCGGCAGUGGGGAUCCAUGACGCCCCUGCGUCAGUUCCCAGGCGUGGCGCCAGACUUGAUCCGCCGUCUUGAGCGCAAGGAGUUUCCAUGGGCGCGUUUGCGUGAUCUAGAGCCAAAUGAGAUGGGGGAGCUGAUUGGCAUUCCUCGUGCUGGCCGUUUGCUGCAUCGCCUGGUAUUUCAGUUCCCGUUCCUGGACCUGCAAGCGUACUUCCAACCCGUCACACGUUCCUUGCUACAAGUGCAUCUCACGAUAACGCCUGACUUUGAGUGGGACGAUCGUGUGCAUGGCGGUGCACAGAGUUUUUGGCUUCUGGUUGAAGAUGUGGACGGUGACACAAUUCUCUUUUACGACCAGUUUGUGCUGCUGCGUCGAUAUGCAAACGAUGAACACACAGUAUCAUUCACCGUGGAGCUGACGGACCCGCUUCCGCCCAACUACUAUAUUUCGCUAUUAAGCGACCGUUGGCUCCACAGCGAAGUACGUCUUCCGAUCUCGUUCAAGCAUCUCAUCUUGCCCGAUAAGUUCGCGCCGCCCACGCCUUUGCUUGAUCUGCAGCCACAGCCCGUGUCCGUGCUAGGCAAUGCAGCGACACACUAUGCGUUCGAGCAUUUGAAUCGUAUUCAGACGCAAGCUUUCCAUGCGUUGUAUGAAACGGAUGACAAUGUCCUCAUCGCUGCGCCUGUCGGUGCUGGCAAGACCGUGUGCGCGGAGCUGGCUCUUUGGCGACUAUGGAAUGGAGAGAAAAGUGGUAAGAACGCGCGAGCCGUAUGCAUUGUUCCAUACGUGAGUAUGGUGGCGCCACGCGUGGCUGCAUGGAAGUCUCGCUUCCCAUCGAAAGAGAUCGUGUCACUUGCCAGUGAAACAAGCACAAAUUUACGUCUGCUAGAACUCGCAGACCUCGUAGUUGCUACUCCCGAGCAGUGGGACGUCUUAUCGCGUCGAUGGCGUCAGCGCAAGCAUGUCCAGAAUGUUGCACUCUACAUUCUGGACGACUUGCACAUACUUACCGACACGUACGUGGGACCAACGUACGAAGUGGUCGGGUCUCGCGCACGUUUCGUGGCCGCUCAAACAGAGCGAUCCACACGCUUCGUCGGCCUCAGUGCACCAAUCUCAAAUGCUUCGGAUGUAGGUGAGUGGCUUGGUGCUACGCACACUUUGUCAUUUGCACCAACCGCUAGACCUGUGCCGAUGGAAGUGCACAUCCAACCAUUCAACGUUCCGCACUUCCCGUCGCUCAUGAUCGCAAUGGCCAAACCAGCUUACCUGGCCAUUGUCGAAUAUGCGCCGAACCAGCCAACGCUGGUGUUUGUCCCGACGCGGAAACAGACAAAGCUCACCGUGCACGACAUUCUAGCCUACGCAUUGGCAGACAGCCAGCAUAGUGGUGAUGGUGGUGAUGAAACUGGGCAGACAGAAUGCUGUUUCUUGAACAUGGAGCGAGAAGACUUGCAGCCACAUUUAGAUCGUGUGGAGGACACAGAACUGGCGGAAUGUCUAGCGUACGGCAUAGCAUUUUACCACGAAGGGCUGAGCAAAGGCGAUCGUCGGAUUGUCGAACGCUUAUUCAAUGCAGGAGCCAUCCAGGUCAUGGUCGCGAGUAAGGACACAGUAUGGAGUCUGCCUGUUCAAGCGCACCUUGUGUUGUUAUUGUCGUUGCAGACUUACGAGGGUCGUGAGCACCGCUAUGUGGACUAUGCUCUGACAGACAUGCUCGAGAUGGUCGGCAAGUGCGUACUACCAGACGAGCAGGGUCGCAGUCGAUGCAUGCUGCUGUGCCAGGCAAACCGUAAGAACUACUUCAAGAAGUUUCUGGCCGAAGGCCUGCCGGUCGAAAGCCGUCUUGGCACAUAUACCCAAGACUUUUUGAAUGCCGAGAUCGUUGCACGAACUGUGCAAGACAAACAAGGAGCUGUGGACAUCCUGACGUGGACACUCAUGUACCGGCGUCUACCGAAGAACCCACAAGCGUACGGUUGUCAGGGCCGUGAUAUACAACACAUUGGGGACUUCUUAUCGGAGCUUGUCGAAAACACGCUGGGUGAGCUUGAGCAGAGUAAAUGCAUUGCUAUCGAAGAUGAUAUGGAUGUGAGUCCGCUCAACUUGGGUAUGAUUGCCAGCUUUUACAAUGUCAGUUACGCCACAAUCGAUGUCUUCCACCUCUCGCUCACAGGCACGACGAAGCUCCGUGGCCUGCUCGAGAUUGUCGCAUCCGCCUCCGAGUUUGAGACAGUGCCCAUUCGGCACCAUGAAGACGUGUUGCUUCGCAGAAUAUACGACCGCGUGCCGCUCAAGCUCGACAAGAUUCAGUUCGAGAGUCCCCAUCACAAGACCUUUAUUCUUCUGCAGGCACACUUUUCGAGAUUAACAUUGCCGGCCGAUCUCGCUCAAGAUCAGCGUGAUAUUCUUCUGCGCGUCCUGACGCUGCUUAAUGCUUGCGUUGAUGUGAUGAGUUCCGGCGCCUUCCUGAAUGCCAUCGUUGCAAUGGAACUGAGCCAUAUGUGCGUGCAGGCAGUUUGGGACCGCGACUCGCCUUUGAGGCAAGUACCUCAUUUCACACAGGCCACCAUUGAGCGGUGUCAGGCGCGAGGAAUCGAUGAUGUGUAUGCUCUCGCCGAUGCUCUGCCAGACAUGAGCCAAGCAGAGCGGGAUGAUCUUCUUCAGCUCAACAAGCGCCAACUUGCGGAUGUGGCGUCGCUGACGAAUGAUUUCCCAUACGUUGAGAUCCACUUCGAUAUCCUCGACAAACAGGCACUCGACAGCGCGACGCCAAUCGUCCUGCAAGCGACUCUAGAGCGAGAUGUGGACGAGGAUGAGGAGGACGAUGAAGUGGCUGAUCCCACUGCGAUUGCACCAUUCUAUCCUUCACCGAAGAUGACGGCCUGGUGGCUCGUGGUUGGGGAUCCUGGAACGCGGAACUUGCUGAGCAUCAAACGCGUAGUGAUCGCAAAAACGCUACAAGUGCGAAUGGAAUUCAUGUUGCCUCCAGGCACGCAUGACAGACUGAAGCUAUACCUGAUGUGUGACAGCUACAUUGGGGCCGAUCGCGAGCUUGACGUGCCCGCGCUGCACGUUGUGCGGGGCGAAGAUGACGAGGACGCGGAUGAUGACGAUGAAGAAGCAGAAGGUGUGAAUGAUGGCGGUGAUGGUGACGUGACUAUGCCUGAUGCGCGUUGA